AUGGACAACUCCAACAUUCCCUCCUUAGGUCCCCAAUCACAACUCAGACCUCCUUCUUCAUCUUCUUCUUCACAGCUCAAUCUUCCACCUACAAUGUCCAAACCCACUCUCCCUCUCCAACCCAAAACCCCAAAUCGCCACGUAGACCUCAUGAGCAGUCUCAAUUACCACCCGUCGCCCUCGCGCGCCAUCUACAGUGACCGGUUCAUUCCAAGCCGAUCUGGGUCUAAUUUCGCUCUCUUUGACCUGUCUCCGACCACGAAUUCCUCCUCGGAGGAGUCGAACAAUGCGUAUACGACUCUGUUAAAGACCGCAUUGUUCGGUCCGGACUCGGUGGUGGGUCCUCCGGGAACACCCGACAAGGCUGUGGGAUUGAAUGGGAAGAAUUUGCAUCUUAGUCCUCCGACUCGUAAUAUUUUCCGGUACAAGACCGAGACGAGACAGUCUUUGCAGUCUUUAUCCCCUUUUGGGUUUGAUGAUCAGUUGCCUGGGGUUAGUCAUAGCCCUGUUAAAACUCCAAGAAAGGUUCCUAGGUCGCCUUAUAAGGUUCUGGAUGCACCUGCAUUGCAAGAUGAUUUCUAUCUGAAUCUUGUUGACUGGUCUUCGCAUAAUGUGUUAUCUGUGGGGUUGGGUAACUGCGUUUAUUUAUGGCAUGCUUCUAGUAGCAAGGUGGUAAAGUUGUGUGACUUGGGAAUUGACGAUAGCGUUUGUUCAGUUGGUUGGGCUCAGCGAGGCACACAUCUUGCUGUGGGGACUAGCAAUGGCAAACUUCAGGUGUGA